AUGGGCGAUGAUAACCAUCGCCGGUGGUUCACGGGAAACUACCAAACAAGACAAACUUCCUCCGCCUUCUCCUCCGGCGGACCUUCUCGACUCAACCCCAUUAGAUCAACCACCUAUUCCAUGGCAACCGCAAGGCUUCGUAGGGUAUUUCGAUACCCCGACGAUUCCGGGGGCGAAGAGCCUGGCCGUGAGGACUUGGACGAAGAAGAGCAGGAACUGGUGAUAAGUAGACUGAAGGCACAGAAUGACCGCCAGAACAUCGGAUACAGCGCCAUCUUCAGUGCUGUCCCAAUCUUCCCCGCCGUCAUGCUCGUUCCGCUCGCAUUGUCGGGGUCCAUGAGACUCCCUGAACGGCUCUUCUCGCUCUUGGGCCUGCUUUCCUUACUUCUUACGGCCUGCAUCAUGAAAUUCUCCCCACUGCAGCGUCUAGCCACCGAAGGCUUGGUAUCGAGAUCUCGAAUCCUGGCAGCUGUCUUGCGGUUUUCCGUCCCUGUAAAUGCUAUAACAUGUGGGCUGUUGGCGCUGGCCUACAUGAUGGGCCCUCGGGCAUCACCUGCCUCUGGUACCCAGCUGUUGCUUAUCUACUUCGUCCCUGGAGUAAUGUUUACGAGUGUUAUGGUUGUACGGCAUGCGAUGGCCACCGUUGAAUUGCGGCAUCUGGAAGAUCUCCGAUACGAGUACAAAGGUGCUUAA